AUGGCUGCGGAGUCCGAGAGGCCGCCUCACCUUAACGGCGCCUCUGGUCGGUCCAGAGGGCCCAAGGAUGCAGAGGCGGCGUCAGACCCGGUGCAUCGAUCGGCCAGCGAGAGUGGUCUGAUGGAACGGUCUAUCGUUAAAUCCCAGACUCAACCCAUGUCUCAGGUGCCUAAGCUUUUCCCCAACCCUCCUACCGCUUCGGCUCCCGCGUCUGCCACGAACUCCGCCGUUUCCUCCCGCGAACCCUCCCCGGUCCGACACUCCUCACGUACCUACAAUCCUUCUUCGCCCAGCCGGGUAUCUUCACACUCGCGAAAGACCAGUCAAGACCAAUCCAGCCCGACCCGACACUCUAACGGCUUGAAAUCUGGUCCACCUACAAACUCACCAACGCCGAAUCUUCAGCGUUCCUCCUCUUCUCCCGUCAGGUCCCUUGUUCUCUCCGUUCCUAACGACUCGUUGGCCAAUGUUCCCAGUCCGGAAAAAUCCAAUAUGCCAUCAUGGGCCGCGAACCGUCGCACGGAUGUGGAUUCGACCCUUCCGAAUACUUCACAAAAAAGAUCUUCAUUGCCGAUGGAGGAGUUCACACCCAAACCGGAUCGAAACAUACCCCGGACUGUACCUAGGGGUGUCGGUGGGCAAGGGUCUGCCCUGGAAACCGUCGAAGAGAUGGCAAGCAAUCCCUCUACGCCGUCCAGUGAGAUUCCUACCAAGCCAGUGAUCCCAGAAGAGUCACGAUUACACCGGAUCGAUGAAGACCCGACUCCGCGUGCUCCGCAUCCAACUUUAGGGAGCGGCAGUGAUAGUGGUGAGAAUCGAAGUUCGGAACCAAAGGAGGAUACCCGUUCACAAGCGUCUGGUGCGGCCAAGACACCCAGAACUCUCAUGUCACAGCGAUCGACAACAUCCCUCAGUGCUGGUGCUCGUGGGAAGCCUGCCGACGGCUCAGUUCGCAACAUGAUUGUGGAAACAGAGACCGUCAGUUCGAUACCGCAGAUCUCCAUGGGAGUGGGAAAUGGUGAGCGAGGCAGCGCUUCUCGUGUAGACCAGGGCACACUUCGCAUGAAACCUUCCAAUGAGACGAUCCGUCCGCGCAAAGAAAAGAAAAAGACCCGUCGACCCAAUGCCAUCACAACAGGCCCCGUAACAAGCAAAGCGGACAUCUUCGAGGCUAGAGUGGCCAAUGCAGUGGAUGAGGCUGAUGUUUCCGACUCCGACGAGACUUUCGUUUACGACUCGAACCCGCCUGAUCCAUACCCUUCCCGACCACCCCGGUAUCAUUCUCGGACUCCUAGUGCGACCUCUAUGGCGAGUCAAGCGGAGCAGCUGGCUGGUCGUCCCAGAGGCUUAGGGCUGCGCGAUGCUUCUCAUGGCGUGACAGGCAAACGCAGCAUGAAGUUUACCAACGCCAACCCCUACAACAAUAGCAUAGAUGGUGAUGGUGUUGAGAUUGACAUGGCCUCGCGUUCUUCUAGAACUGACGGAAGUGGCACCAUCACUCCCCGGCACCACAAUUUUGGCCGUCAUUCACGCAACGGCGUUCAUCAAAUUUUUGAUAACGACAGUACACAGUCACAAAGCCAAUCUCAAAAGUCUCCGCGCCAUUUCAUCGGGAAUAGCUACAGGCAUUCGCGCCACAGCAAUACCCGGUCGUCUCCCAACUACAGAACCAUUGGCGGUGCCAAGAAGGGCGAGUUCCAUGGCUAUGACUACGAGGCAGAGGGGGCGGAUGAUGAACGCACACCGUUAGUAAACCCGCCACGUACAAUCCACAGUCGGAAUGGUCGACGGCCCAAUAGUGCAAGCGUACGGCAGAUGGAAUACAUGGCGCAGCGGAACCGCGGAUUUUUCGCUCGAUUUGGCUCAUGCGCCGUUAUCUUCCUUAUGUUGUUGAUUGUUGCUGGCGGUGCUACCUCAUUCAUCAUUGCGGCAUCCCAACCCCUGCUAGAUGUCCAAGUUAUUGCGAUUCAAAACGUGCUGGCUUCGGAACAGGAAAUCAUGUUGGACUUGAACGUGCAAGCCGUCAAUCCGAAUUUGUUCCCAGUAACCAUCGAUGACACCGAUGUCAACAUAUUCGCGAAGAGUCGAUAUGUUGGAAGCGACAAGCUUUGGCGUGAGCAUGGUGAUGUGGAUAAUUUCCCACGCGUGGAGCAAAGCCGACGUCGCUGGCAGUUGUCAGAAGCUGUGAGGUGCCUGGGCCGUGUGGACUGUGUUAAGGAUCCGCACACCACCGAUGGCGUUGACAAGGGCACCGAUCCUCCAACCGACCCAGAAGGCGAUUCGCGAUCUAUGUUGCUUGGCCGCGUGUUCCAUUUCGAUUCCCCGCUAUCUUUCGAAUCAUCUCCUUGGAAUCAUUUGACUUCCAACUCAAAGGGACAGAUCCGUCUGGCCCGGCCAGGAAACAAAACUGAGGCUGGAGGCACAGAGCGCUGGGAGCGAGUCCUCCAACACCCCUUUGAGUUGACUGUCCGCGGCAUCAUCAAAUAUCAACUCCCACUCAGCUCCCGUUACCUCUCGGCAUCUGUUAGCUCCAGCAUCAAGGUGGUGCCUGAUACCGAUGACAAUGACCCAGAACAAACACCUCCAAGCAACGGCACAGUGCGGAUUUCUGUAAAAAGAAGCGUACCAUCCAUUCACCUUUCACUUGAUACUCCUUCCACCGUGCGCGGAUCGGAGGGUUCGAGACGACCUUUUACGGCAUAA